AUGGCGUCCGUUCUCCGAGCUACCGUUCCCCGCGUUCUGCCUCGUACUGUACGCGCCUUCUCUUCGGCAGCCAAAGUGAGCGCCACGGUUGGCCCUGUGUCUGGAUUCUGUGGUGCCGUCGGAAACACGCCACUCAUCCGUAUCAACUCACUGAGCAAUGAGACGGGGUGUGAGAUUUACGGCAAGGCAGAGUUCAUGGCACCAGGAGGAAGUGUAAAAGAUCGUGCUGCACUAUACAUUGUGCUAGAUGCAGAGAAAAAGGGUUUGAUCAAGCCAGGUGGCACAGUCGUUGAAGGCACGGCUGGAAACACGGGCAUUGGUCUGGCUCAUGUGUGUCGCGCGCGAGGCUACAAAUGUGUGAUUUACAUGCCGAACACGCAGUCUGAUGAAAAGAUCAACUUGCUUCGUAUGCUGGGAGCUGAGGUGUACCCGGUUCCCGCUGUCCCAUUCGCUGACCCACAAAACUACAACCACCAGGCAGCGCGUCACGCUGAGAAGCUCGAGAACGCCGUGUGGACGAAUCAGUUCGACAAUAUCGCCAACCGCGAGGCACACAUUCUCACUACGGGUCCUGAGAUUUGGGCACAGACGCGUGAGACAGGUUUGGAUGGCUUCAUCUGUGCGACAGGAACCGGUGGCACGCUCGCUGGUACAACAAGAUACUUGAAGGAUGUUUCUCGUGGACAAGUGCAGUGUUGGCUCGCUGAUCCGCCUGGCUCUGUGCUGCACUCGUAUGUACAAACGAAGGGGGAACGUAUGGAGCGUACAGGCAAUGGCUCGAUCACCGAAGGCAUUGGUCAAGGCCGUCUCACCUCGAAUAUGAGUCCAGAUAUCUCGCUUAUCGACAACAGCCUGCACAUUGAAGAUGAGGCAAGUAUUGCUAUGGUGUUCCGCAUGCUUGACGAAGAAGGCCUCUACAUCGGUGCUUCCUCGGCUUUGAAUAUUGUGGCUGCGGCGCGCAUGGCAGAGAAGCUCGGUAAAGGAAGCAAGGUUGUGACGAUAAUUUGCGAUGGUGCCGCUCGGUACCAGACCCGACUCUUCAGCCGCCAAUGGCUUGAGAGCAAGUCGCUUCUCUCCGCUGUGCCUUCGCACCUGCACAAGUACAUUGUGUUGCCGUAG